AUGUCAAUUCAAAAAAAAAUGACAAAAAUUACAAGACAAUAAAAUGAAUAAGGAAAAUUUUAAAAUAUGUAUUAUGAAGUUCAAUUACCUUAUUUCAAUCCUUAAUCAAAUUCUGUAUUCUCAACAUCAUUAUUAAAUAAUCCUUCAUUAUUGAAUAUUUAUUAGUAAGCAAUGAACAGUUAUUUGCAAGGAUAUUAUAAACAAGCGAUCUUUUUUGCAGAAAAAUUGCUAUGUUUAAGUUAAGAUUCAACAGCAUUACCAUAUUUAGUAUUUUUGCUUGGAAUGGUAAUAAUAAUUAUAUAAAAUUAGUGCCAUUUUGCUAAUUAGGAAUACUCAGGAGUAUAUAAUCUGUUUUUAAAGCACAAAUUAACAUAAGGAGAUUUUGCAGUAUUAGGAGCUAGAGCUUUAUAUUCAAAUAGGCAAUAUGAAAUGGGAAUUGAAAUUCUUUAAGAAGAGACUAGCUCAUAAAGUGAUUGGGUAAGAGGAUAAUGUUAUGAAGCUUUAGAGAAUAAAUAAUUAGNGA